AUGGAUCCAGACCUCUCCAUGCUUCGACUACCCAUGCAUACAUCGGUUGGAGAUCUCGGCCAUCAUCUUCCUAUCGAUCAUCCAGCCAUUGAGCACUGCACGAGGCGCAACGUGCAUCCAGGCACCCCUGCCAAUUUGCAUCUCCACUGCGGCCCUUCGGCAGAUCCACUCGCAAACAUCCCACCAGUGAAACUUUUGCGCAGUCAUGGUCAACGGCGAGAUUCGACCUUCCAAUCCCUUCCUAGUCUAGCAUGCCUCACGCCUUCAAAGACCGCAUGGUGCCUGAAGAACUGGACGCGAUCGCGCCCGCUGACCAGUGAAGCUGAUCUGCGAUGCAACGUCCCUCGCUUCCACGAUGAAUCUCCAUCGGUCUGGGCGGAGUCAGUGGCCCUCAAAGGCCGCGACGGACGCCCUCGUAUCCAUCUCCCUAAGCGAUGGAGAGGGGAAGAUAGAUACGACGUUCCAGGCCGAACCGAAAAGAGGGCCUUGUUAUCUAUCAUGUUCACCAAGCAGAGUCUGUUUGCCUUUGCCAGCUGCCUGGCUCUUGCUGCCGCCGACACCUCAUCUGUCCAGUAUUCUACUGCAGCUGAGAUCGAGGCCGCUCGUGAGUCGGUGCUCCCUUUUUCGCCGGUCUCCAAUGUCAAGGGUGCCGCAUUCAACCGGCUCGUCAACAUCUGGAUUGAGAACACCGACUUUGAUACCACGGCGGCGGAUGCCAACUUUCAAGCUCUGGCCAAGGAAGGUAUUCUUCUUACCAACUACUACGCCGUCACCCACCCUUCGGAGCCCAACUACUGCGCUUCUGCUGCCGGUGAUGACUUUGGCAUGGAUAACGAUGCCUGGCACCAGGUCCCCGCAAAUGUGUCCACCAUUGCCGACCUCUUCGAUACCAAGCGCAUUUCUUGGGGCGAGUACCAGGAGGACAUGCCCUACGCCGGCUACCAAGGCUUCCGGUACCCUGCCUCCGGCCCCAACAGCUACGUGCGCAAACAUAACCCCCUCGUCCUCUUCGACUCGGUCACCAACGACGCCGUCCGCCCGCGCCAAAUCAAGAACUUCACCACCUUCUACGAGGACAUCGAGCACCACCGUCUGCCCCAACACAUGUUCAUCACCCCCAACAUGACCAACGACGCCCACGACACCAACGUCCAAGUCGCCGGAAACUUCCUACACAACUUCAUGACUCCGCUCCUGAGAAACGACUACUUCACCAAAGACACCCUCAUCCUGCUCACCUUUGACGAAACCGCGUCCUACAAGCAGUCCAACCGCGUGUACUCGAUCCUGCUAGGCGGCGCCGUCCCCAAACACCUCAAGGGCACCCAGGAUGACACCUUUUACACGCAUUACUCGGUCAUCGCCUCGCUGAGCGCAAACUGGGGGCUGCCGUCCCUGGGCCGCUGGGAUUGCGGCGCCAACUUAUUCAAGCUUGUCGCCGACAAGACGGGCUACGUCAACUGGGAGGUGGACAUCCAGACGAUCGAUGCCAACGAUUACUUCAAUCAGACGUCGCCCGGUCCGCUGUCCGAUGGGUCGCACACGCACUUUGUGGCAGAGUGGCCCGUGCCUACGACGGAGGAACGCUGCUCGGCUGGACAUGGGAUCCUGCAUGCGGUCAAGAAGACUUAUAAGGGGCUGAAGCCUACUUAUAACUAUACCAGCCCGGUGCCGUAUAGUGUUCCUGCUGGGAUCAAUCUGGGUGUGAAGUAUACCCGUACUCAGAAGCACGGCCACGUGGAGAGUGGGAUUACGAAUUAG